UCAUUCACUGGCCACAGCUACAGUGCCGAGAUCAAGAGCUCAAGGAGAUGUCGGCCAGCGGGCGAGGCGGGAGUGACGUGACGCUGACGGAUCUUCGUGAGUGGCUCCAGGCGCUGGGUCUAGAGGUGGAGCCGGCAGAAGACGAGGGCGCCGUGGCCGAGCAGCUCCGAGACGGCGUUCUCCUCUGUCACCUCGUCAACAAGAUCAGACCCGGCAGCGUUGAACUGAUCAAGCAGAGACGGUCGAGUGGCGACGCGGAGGAGAACAUUCUGAGGUUCCUGCAGGCCUGCACCACCCUUGGCAUCAAAAAGGCGAGCCAUUCAUCAAUGUCCACUUGUGAUAUUCAGACCUGCUGAUCUGCUGAACAAAAGAGAUUACUCUCCAGUUCUGAUCACCCUGCAAGAGCUCUACCAAGUAGCUGCUGGCAUGGGUCUCGGGAUAGAGUUCUCGCGUCACAAGAGACAGUCUCGAAGUAGUGGCGCAGUUCUCGGGAGCACGGAUGCCUCGGGGAACACCAGUAGUCAGGGGAGUCUGUCGGGAGGGGAGGAGGACGGGGAGGGAGAUGGACCUGCCUUCUACAGAGCCAUCUACCCUUUCCCUGGAGCCAACGAAGAUGAGUUGCAGUUUGAGAAGGGAGACGUGAUCCAGGUCACGAGAGUGGUGGAUGGAGGAUGGUGGGAGGGAGUCCUGGACGGCUGCUGCGGGUGGUUCCCUGGCAACUACGUCAAGAAAGUCACCGAUACGGUGGGUCAGCAGUCAGCCGUUGGAGCAGAUGGGCCCGACGUCUACCAUAACCUGGUAGUGAAGGAUAUCUUGGACACAGAGCAGGCCUAUCUCCACGAUCUCCAC